AUGCCGUCCGUCAUCAAGUAUUCGCAUCCUUCGCUGGGGGUUGUACAAGGGUUAGCAUCUGCCUCCACCCAUCAGUUUCAAGGCGUACCCUAUGCGACGCUGGCGAAUGGAUGGGCAGCCCCGUCGGUGGUAGAAGGAGAUCCAAGUGGCUCGAUUGAUGCUACAACGCCUGGACCAACAGCUCCCUCCCCGCCGAUGGGGGUGGAGAUGGAGUUUGCUCACCUGCAGCAGCGACUCCCCACCCCCAACCUCCAUCAAUCGGCGACCCAAUGUCUUAACUUGAACAUCACCGCGCCUGCUGAUCACUCCCGCGAAUCCCGUCUGCCCGUCAUCGUCUUUCUGCAUGGUGGAGGGUACGCGAUUGGCGCCAAUUCCUGGCCGCAGUACGACUUUCAACGGCUGGUUGAAUUGUCGGUCCGGAUUGGCCAACCCGUCAUUGGGGUCAAUGUCAACUAUCGAUUGGGAGCGUGCGGGUUUCUGACCUCGGAAGAGCUGAUAACACGUGGCUAUCCCUCUAACAGGGGCCUUUUGGAUCAACGAGCGGCUUUGCUAUGGAUCCAGAAGUACAUCGCAGGUUUUGGCGGAGCGCCGGAGAGCGUUACGCUGGUCGGCCAGAGCGCAGGUGGAGUUUCUGCCACCCACCAUCUCCAAUCAGAAUUGCCUCUAUUCAAGCGCAUGGUGAGCAUGGGCGGCACGAAUCUCCUCAUGAGGCCCCUUCCCGACCCAGUGACCGAGCUGACCUAUCGCGGGUAUGUGGAUCGACUGGGACUGGGCUCACUUUCCGCCGCGGAGCGGGUUCAGGCCCUGGUGGCGUUGGACGAUGAGAAGAUUGUCGCUGCUUUCUCCCCGGCGGAUGCCUUCCUGCCAGCGAGCGGGGGCGAGCUGGGACUGAUAGACCACACCUAUGCAGAGAUCUACGAGGGCGAUGCUGGUCCCCUUGUGCUUCCCGGACGCAGAUGGUGCGAAAAGAUCAUGAUCGGGGACUGUCAACUGGAUGGCAGUAUCAUGUCCGCAAUGCUUCCCUACGAUCCGGCCACUGUUGCUUCUACAUUCCGCAAGUCAUUCGAACGUUCCCUCGGGUCAGCGGAAAAAGCUCAACUGGUAAUGACGGAGUAUGGCAUCCGCGAGGAGUCGGAUGGACAAGAGGCCUAUGACCGGAUAUUGACAUUUGUCACUGACCUCUGCUUCUUCCUACCUAUUCUACACUACGGAAACUGCUGGUCUGGCCAGGCCUAUCUGUACAAUUUCAACGAGCCCAACCCCUGGGACGGACGCUGGAGUGGCCGCUCCAACCACAUCCUCGAUGUGGCCUUUCUGUUUCAAAACUACAACGAGCGGCUGUCCGAGCCCCAGCAGGCCGUGGCUAUCCAGUUUGCAGAGGAUCUCAUCACCUUCGCUCAUGGUGGGGACCCGUGGAAGCCAUUCAAAUGGGAGACCAAGGAUCUGCAUGUUCGGGUUUACGGAGGGCGCGCGGCGGAGACCGCGGGCAAAGUUCAGACCGUGCUGGCUCCCGAGCCUCGGACUGAGCGCAGCACCUCAAUUUUGACCCUUACGGCGACGAUUCCCGCCGACGACUUGUCGCGAGCUUGGGGUGUGUUUUUGUCUGGGCAUUAG